CCCACGUCCACACUCCACAGUCCAGCCAUUCCCCGCUCGAGUCCAAGAACUUGAAUUCGCAGUAGAGCUCUCAUAGCUCUCUCCCAACCUCAUCAUUCUACAACAGCCACUACACCACCUCCACCAUCGUCCUCAUCCAGGACAAUAUCUAUCUACCUCUCGCCAUCCCCUAUGACUGCCCCCCCUGCCUCGCAUGGGGGAUUGGCAGGACCGCAUCGUUUACUAUCGUGAUUUCGCUUAUACUGCACGCCGACUGCGAAUGGCGAACGGUAACAUAGGCGAUGUGCCUGCUUCAUCUUAUGCCGAACUUCUCUCCGGUCCUAUGAUUGAUAUCUACGUUGGCGAGUCCAAGCGCCAUUGGGCUCUGCAUCGCAACCUGCUAUGCCACCAUUCCGAGACGCUCGAGGCAGAGCUGCAGAGCAGCGGAAAGAAGCAGAAGGAUAAACUCGAACUGCCAGAUCACGACCCGGCUGGCUUCGAGCUACUCGUGAAAUGGCUGUAUCAGGGCAGGCUUGACGACGUGUCCGAUCUGAUUGACGCAAAUCAGAAGUACGAGUAUGCUGUGAGUUGCCACAAGCUAUACCUGCUAUGUGAGCGAUUCGAUAUGCCUCAGCUCAAAAAUGUUGCUAUCGACCAAUACCGCAAAGGUCUGAACGAAGCGGAGCUUGUACCGGACGCUGAAGAGAUCAACGAAAUCUACCGCAAAAGUCCCUCGGGCUCCCCAUUUCGUACCCUCAUGACAAAGAUCGCGGCUCGACAAAUCAUGGACCCUGAGAGCCAUAGAGACGUCGGAACUUACCGCGAUUGUUUCGUUGACAAUCCCGAGUUCGCAAUCGAUCUCGUAAAUGCCAUCAAGCAAGGCACUGGUGGCAUGCUGUUCGUCGAUCCUACCGAUGCUGGCAACGAAUGCGAGUACCACGAUCAUGAUGCCGGGCCGAAUUGCCAUAUCAAGGGAAAGGGAAAGACCAAGCAAGCUCUCAAGGCCAAAGCCCCCCUUCACGACCCCAACUCCACCAAAUCGGAACUAUCCAUAAAUUCCGUCCCACGAGCCCUCCCUCACCGCCCUCCUCGCCUCAUUCCGAAUCCCCAGCCUCCAGCGAGGAGGCAAGCUCGCCUACAGGACGGGACCAGCGUGGGUCCUCUCCGCCGUCGCCUGACCAGUCCGGCAUCCUCUACAGUCGGGACGACGACGGAACACGCGAUGGCGAAGCCACUCAGCCCAACCGAUCAGAAGGAUCAGCCCUUGAAAGCACCACUCCCCGAGGAACGCCUACCAGACCCGGCGCAGGAGGAGUCACACCCAGUCCACGACGACCACCUCCCAAACUCCGAAAGAAACUCUCUCCAACCCCCGAAUAAUACAAAGGAUGAGCGUAAUGCACCUAUCGAGGCAAAUCAAGACACUACAUCGACCAUAACGGAUGACUCUUCGAAUAGGCGAGGCAUUUGGGAUUGGGCUAGGGCUGGGACAGGGAGACUGAACUUAAUUGGCUACAUCCCACAUCCUGAAUGGAAGGGACAGCCAGUUAUGGUGACAUCCAAGACUGCGACGGAUGCAGUUAACGGGGUUCUUCAAAGAAAAUCGAGUAACAGCCCCCAUGACGAUUUCAGUGUUCCGUCAACGACAUCGACGGGCACGAAUGGUGGGCAAUCGAAUGACGAAAUACUCGUCGCGAAAAUGGAAGGACUGGGGAUUUCGAGUGCAUCCGUCGACGAAGCAUUAUUCUCCCAGACGAAAGACUCUUCAGAUGACUUAGUUGCUGCGGCUUCCUCCAUUAAUGGAACUCCUUCUCCAAAAACAUCUAAAUCGGAUGCCUCGACGAUUCGGGGAGAUUUUGGCAGUCCGCCGGGAACCCCUUCGCCACCAUCUCGCAAACAGACACAGAAUGGAGGUGCAGAUGCUGCAUCGAGCCCCCAUCGAAUUCCUAAGUACAAGAUUGCGCUCGCAAGUAAUCUUCUUUCCUCACCUAGGAAAGCAGUUUCAUGAUACCCUCUCAAUAUCUUUUAUAAUAUUUACUUGGCGGACUCGGUUCAUGUCCUGUUUUACUAUGGCAGCUAUAUAUCAUUGUAAUCAAUGCGGUGUACAUGUGGCAAUAUAUAUAAUUUUUUGGACAACUGCAAAUAGUACCCCGUCUAAUACAUUCUUAC